GUGCGAGACAAGCUGUACUGAACAAUUGACACAGCUGAACAACCGGGAUGCAAAAGAUCAAUAGGCCAACCACAUGAAACGAACUAGUCAUGAAUGCUGAGCGGUCUAACUCUAAACGACUGUCAUGCGUGUGUACAACACAAUCACGUGACGAAACAGUUACGAAUGUCAAACUAUCUAGCUGUGAGCGACUGUGAAGCGCAAGCCCGUCUAACACCCUCCUUUAAACUGAACAAAAUAGCGUGCUACGUUUGAUUGGGAUGCUUUACGUCUCGGGUUCACCACGAGUCUCUACACUGGCGCUCUGAUUCGGGUUGAGUAUCUUCGAGCUUUAGUUCCGUUUUCUGUUUGGACGAUGGGCUCUUCAGACGGGGUAAUUUGAUAAGUAUCCAGCAAGAUGUUGAACGGUAGUGAAGCUUCCUGUUUUUAUGUCGUCACUUGCACAUCAAAACGGGGUCCAAUAUGGUUUGCAUGUCUAGUCCAUAUGAUGGAAUCCACUUGUAUUCUGUACAAAACACUUGAAAUCCGUUCAACGAAACGGACAGCAAUCCAGGAUGAUCCUCCGUCACGAACAUUCUUUACGGACAUACUAUCACCAGGCAGGAAAUGCCGGUGGCGUGUUCCACGAUGGCGAUUAAAAGCCAACUCCAUUCAAACAUUGUGCUCUCUCUUGUGUAGCGAUGGCUUCAAAGCAUCAAGGACCGUUCUGACACGCCUACCGAGAAACGCUUUGGAUGGGGAUAUGUUUUGAGGUACUGCUGGACCUGGCGUCGUACGGUAAAUUCACAAAAAUUUGUCGCUGAUUUCCUGGAUAUUUCCCUCUCUUUCCAAUUUAAUCAAUGCUCGCUUAAGCGUAU